GGAGUUUCUAAAUUUGCAUAUUUUCCCCCCAUGACAAAAGUGAGACCACAGGCACGUGAGAGGUUAUUUGCAACAGUGAGCAGGAUCUACUGAUGUAAGCAGCCCCUCUAUCCCGCCCCCAGCCGGAGUCAAGGUGACUGAGGGAGUGCAUUUCACCAGGCAUAAGGCCUUCCUUGUGAAGGAGUAUCAAGGCCUGCCAGAGAGCACUUGAACCUCUGGACCCACAAGAUCCCAUAAAGUCUGUACGGAAUGUCCCAGAAGCCUCCCCUCCAGGUCCCUGGGUGGACCAGACUCCUUGGAUGAGGAGAUGCCACAGAUGGAUCUGGUUUUCUGAGCAGAAUCACAGAGGUUUUGGUUGUCAGCCUUCGCCAUGCCCAGGGGCCCCAGGACUGGGCGGAACAGCCACACCUGCCUGCAGUUCUGAGGAAGAGGGCGGAAACGGCCAGCGCCCGCCCUCGCUUGCUCCCAGACUCUUGUGAUAGGCACUGCUGGGGCACCGUGUGCCCGACGGCCGGCCUCACUUCCCCAAACAGGCAACUGUAAUUUUUGGAACCUGACAUCCGUCCCUGGCAGACCCCAGCGGCAUGCCUGGGGUCAGUGUGGGUCCCAGAUUCCCCGGGUGUCUGUGACUGCUCAUCUGCAUGGAGUCAUGGACUCUCGUGUUCCUGCUGCUGCUGCUGUGGCUACAGGCCUGUGUCUCAGGUCCCUCCAAUGAGAACGUGUACAAGAAAGUGUGGCGGCGUGAAGGGGAGUCUCUGUCCCUGCAGUGCUCCUACAAGAACCGCAGAAACCGCGCAGAGGGCAAGGCUUGGUGCAAGGUCAGGAGGAGGAAGUGUGAGCUCAGCUUCAUGCGGGACUGGGUGAAGGGGCCCAGCUACUCCAUGCAGGAUGAUGCCAAGGCCAAGGUGGUCCACAUCACCAUGGAGGACCUCAGAGUCCAGGACUCGGGAAGAUACUGGUGUAUGCGGAACACAGCUGGGCAUCUCUACCCCUUGGUGGGUUUCCAGCUGGAAGUGUACCCAGCCCUCACAACUGAGAGAAACAUUCCUCACACGCAUCUAACCAACACCCUCGAGAGUGGAUUUGUCACAACGGGCCAGGUCCCCAUGUCAAGCCCUCACGCCCCCUUCACCCCUGACGUGACUGUGUUCACAUCUGGACUCCUCACCUUGGCCUCAGGAACCACCGCACCAACCCCCGUGACAAGCAACAGUUUCACCGAUUCCAGUGGGAUCACAGAGCCUGGGAGGAGCACGGAGCCCCAGCCAAUGACCAUGUCUCCUAGCGAUGCGAGAUCUUUCUCUGCUGAUCCGGGGACCACCUCCACUGUGUCCAGACACCUGAGCAGUGACUUGUCCACCGUGGGGAUGUGGCACCAGUUGACCCCCAACAGGUCCCAGGAGAUGUACCUUCCUGUGAUGGCGGUGGUGCUGAUAUUCCUUCUGGCACCUGUGGUGGUGGUGAUCUAUAGGUUUUGGAAGAAGAGGCACAUGGGGAGCUACAACCUGGGCAGCAACUCUGCUAAACCCUGGAUGCACCUUCCUGAAGGAGCAGAGACACUGUGGAAGCCUGCUUGGUCUAAGAUUACUCAGUGAUCUGGGAAGCUGAUCCCAGGGGCUCAGAGGCCGGAAGAGGACUGAAGAGCAGGCAAUGGCCCUGGGGCAGGAGGACAGUAGUUACCUUCCUUUCCUCGUGUCCUCAGUUUCCCUCGGCUCUCUACAAACAUCGCCAUGGGUUUGGAGACCGGAGCCAGAGCUCAUGAGCCCUUGAGGCAGCCAAUGUCUCUAGGGUCCUGUUCUGGAUGAGAAGGGACGGUGACUAAGAUCUGGGGACACAAAGAAACUGGUAGCAGGAAGUCCCAGAACUGACCAAGGCCACGUGUCUUCUGAUGUGCCCUGACUGCAGCUGCUGGUCCCUUCUGUCCUGGAAGCCUAGAGAUCACACAUUUCUCUUGUUUCCUGCCUGGCAGCCCCUCUCAGGCAAAUGAGAGCCUUCAGCUACCGGGUCAGCCUUUCCCAAGACGGGCGCAAAGGCUGAAUGUGGACUCCCCAAUCCAGUUCCUGCUCCCAUGCCACAGUGAUGAGCUCAUGGAGGAGACUGAGUGCAGAGGCUGCACCUUGAGGUGUCUGCAGCCCCAUGGAGAGGGCCCCUCCUCCAGACACUGUGGUUGGCCGCAGAGUCAAGCAUGACCACUUACGAGAAAAGACCACACGGAGGUGCCCUGCUUAAAACAACAGUGGAUGGAGGACUAGGUUUGGAGAACUGACAAAGCAGAUUCUAUCCUGGAAAGAUGGGCAGACACACGGACACACGGACGGACACAAACACCACACAGAGAGAGAGAGAGAGAGACAGACAGACAGACAGACAGACAGACAGACAGAGACAGAGAGAGAGAGAGAGAUCUUCCAAUGGCCAUCAAAACCCUGCUUUGAGCCAUGCUCAUAGUUAAGCAUCAGGACCACUUCUCCAGGCAGGAAUGAAAACAACAGAGCCCGGGAUCCAAUGGUCUACUGACUCUGCCUCCUCCCUAUGCACACCACAGACUCGGCCUCUACUAUCUAGAUCAUUGGUCCAGAGUUGAGCAGGGAUGGCUGUGGGCUACGGGCUGUGGGCUGUGGGCUGUGGGCUGUGGGAUGGACUGUCUCCCAGUACAGAUACACACUAGCCCAUGGGGGCUUAAAAGGUCCCUGAGACAAAUACGAUAUCUACAUUCUCAGCCCUGAGUCAGGGACAGCAGACAUCACAGUCAGGAGGGUGACACAGCUGGGGCCUUGGUUGUACUCCAGGUUGGCUUUGGAAAGAUGGAAGAGCCAAGGUGUAAACUUGGGAACAGAAGGGAGUGACUUCUGACAGAGCAUGACCGAGGAGGGAACGCAGGCUGAGCAACUGACAAAUCAAGUUCUAGAAGGAAGGACAGACAUGCACACACAUCCCUGGCUAGCGAGAGGUCUGUGUAGAGCCACCACCCUAGUGGGCAACUGGGAAGAUGGACUCACAGCACCCCAGAGUCCCUCCUCCAUUCCUGGCCCUGCACCUUCAUUGGCCCUGACAGCCCUGACUCAUGGACAGCCCAUGGACAGGCACUCAGCCUAAGAACCAAUGAUCCCUGUGUGACCCCGACCUCAGUUUUCCCUCUCGUAUGAGAGGGGCCAUGAUUCCUACCUCUACAGAGUGUCUGGGGCAUGCAAUGCAAUGUCAUAAACACUGUGCAACCUG